CUUGACCUUUCACCAAAUCUUCAGCUGCCUCCAGACUACAUCCUCCAGCUUUCAUCUCCUCUUCUCAAGCUUAACCAAGUUAUCAAGAAGAAUUGAAUCAUUAUGGAUGUCUUCUGGCAGGCACCGCCAGUGUCUAGAACCCUUGCAGCUUCUGCUCUUAUCGUGUCAUUGCUAGGACAUGGCAAACUCAUCCCGCUAUAUCCUUUCGCAUUCAUAUCACGACAAGUGUUCAAGCUUCCUCCCGAGAUAUGGCGACCUAUGACUGCCUUCCUAGUGACAGGGCCAAAGCUGGGAAUCAUCCUGGAUCCCUUCUUCUUAUAUCGAUAUGGCAGCAGUUUGGAGACUGGAAGUCCCCGCUUUAGCAGACCAGGAGACUUCUUCACAUAUACACUCUUCGUGAUGACGAGCAUAGUGGUUGCUUGUGGCCUUGGCCUAGGUGGAUUCUUUUUCAUGUCCGCUCUUACUCUCGCCUUUGCCUACACCUACAGUCAGGACAAUCCGAAUGUCCAAAUUCAAUUUUUCAUCAUCAAUUUCCCUGCCAAAUAUCUUCCUCUCGCCAUGCUCCUGAUGUCCUUUAUCAUGGAAGGUCCUACUGUCUGUUUGGAGCAGUCCACCGGGAUCUUCGCUGCCCAUCUUUAUGAUUUUUUCACCCGUAUAUGGCCGGCCUUUGGCGGUGGCAGCAGGGAACCAUGGAUCAAGACUCCGCGACUGAUCGCACAAGCUUUUGGCGCCGACCAUGUAGGGCCGAGACCGCGAGCUUACGGUACUGCGUUCGCGCCGCCUGGAGAUGUGGACGAGCCGAAUGCCGGCAGAACCACAGGCGCGUCAUGGAAUCGUGGACCUGGGCGCCGUUUGGGCUGAUAGCAUGAGGGAUCGCAUGGGUAGUCUUAAGUUUGCGGUUCAUAAAUUUGCGUCUCUAUACUAUAGUACAAUAUAAUCACCACAAAACAAAUAUUUUGUCGAUCU